AUGGAUGGAAUUCACGCAGUAGGAAAUCCAAGCGCUGCCUCCUCUCAUUCACUUCCUGGCCAUGUUGAAGAUGAGACGAGGGAUGGAGACCAGCAGAGCACAAAGUCCCAGAAACACCAGAGACCAGCCAAGACUCCACGGACUGAGAAGGAACCAGACCACCAGGAAGCUCGGACCAGAGCACAGAAACUAGAAAAUCCUCCUGGUAAUCAAACAACAGGUAGAUCAGCUGGAUCCAAACCGGAUCAUCCGAAACCAGAUUCUUGUUCCAAAGAGCAACAAAACCCAGGAGAUUCUUCUGCAACAGAUGAUCCAAAACCAGACCCUCUUAAAUUACACCUGAAACUUAUUCGGACAGAAACACAGGAACCAGAAGACUCUCCACAUGAACCAAAUCCACAAAAAUCACCUCCAACUACACCAGAUCAAACUGAAAUAGAUCAACCAAAACAAGAUCCUCAUCCCACGGAGAAACACAACCUGGAAGAUUCUUCUGCAACAGAUGAACCAAAACCCAAUCAACCAGAACCAGACCAACCUUCUCCAACCAAACCAAUUCCACCAAACCUAGACCCUCUUUGGCAAGAACAACAAAAACCAGAUCACUCUCAGGACCAAACCCAGGUCCCCCCUGAGCCCACAAAGGAUUUAACUGUCUUCAGUAUAUCAUUUGAAAAACAAAACCAGAAGGAGCACAAGUCUAGAGAGCAGCAGAACCACCACGAUCCUCCUUCUCCUCCUGUUAACGAUCAGACCCACCAGACCAAAACACCAACGCUGGCUCCACGGAUUACCAUUGAGCUGUUCUGCGACCAGGUGAGACCCCGUCCUCAGGAGUCUUCCUCAGCUGAGCCCAAAUUGUGCGGCUUCCUGCAGAAACAAGGGGGGCCCCUGAGGUCCUGGAAGCGCCGGUGGUUCACAUAUGAAGACAAAAAGAACCUGCUGUUCUACUAUCGAACACCACAGGAUGUGAUGCCGCUUGGCCGGGUGGAGCUCAGUGGUGCUACCUUCAGUUAUCCACUAAAGGCAGAGACAGGCACAUUCCACAUCAAGACACAUGAACGAACCUUCACACUCAAGGUAGGGCACAUGUGGACCAGGACCAGACCAGGACUUAAGGUAGGAGACGUGGACCAGGACUGAAGGUAGGAGACAUGGGGACCUGGA